UUGGUCGACAUAUGCCUUAACAAUGCCUGGCUGCUCUCCAGGAAAACGCAGAAAAAGACUAUGCCUCUGAAGCAUUUCCGGCGAGAGGUUUAUGAAGAACUAAAGAAACUAGGUAUUUCUGUUGGUCAUGAGUCGGCGGUCCGGCGGCGGUGCGGGGCGAUCAAUCGCGGCGGGGGCGGCGUGACGCGGCCGCCUUGCCCCUCCCCCGCCCUCCGCCCGCCUCAGCCGCGCCGGCGCCCGCCGCCACAGCUCGCGCCGGGCUCCCCUGCAGUGUGGCGCGGCGUUACGUCACGCGCGCACCGAUCGUCGGCCGAGGGCAGCUCCGCCACGCUCGGCGGCACGAGCGGCGCCGGUGCCGGUGCGCGCGCGGCGAUGCGGCACGCGGCACUGGCGCUGGGCGCGCUGCUGGCGCUGAGCGCGCGCGGCGCCGCCGGCGGCUGCGGCGUGGCCGAGUUCGCGUGCCGCGGCGGGGCGUGCGUGCGGCUGGACGCCUACUGCGACGGCGAGGCGCAGUGCCCCGACGGCAGCGACGAGCCCGCCGGCUGCUCCGUGUGCAACCGCACGUACUAUGGGCGCGCGGGCGUGGCGUACGGCGUGGCGCUGCGCGGCGCGCCGAGGGCGCCCUUCCUCUGCCACCUGACGUUCACGGCGGGCGGCGGAGCGCACGGCGACCUGGUGCAGCUGGCGUUCGACGAGUUCCGCGUGGGGCGCUACGAGGCGGGCGCCCUGGACGGAUGCCCGGACGGCUACAUGCAGCUGUCGGAGCUGGGAAGGCCGUUCACGGGCGGCUCGUGGUGCGGCUCGGCCGAUGGCGCCGCACUCUACUACAGCGAGACGGCCACCGUCACCGUAUCGGUGAAGCUAUUCCGAGCGCGACUCGGUGAACCAUUUGGAUUCCGGCUACGCUAUAAGUUUCUCGCACAGCGCGAUGCGAUCGUCAGAUUCGGUGCGGCGGGGGCGCCUCUGGAGCGUGGUGCGGUGGCGCCUGGCACCUACUGCACGAGAACCUACGAGGAAUGCCAUCGCAAGCGUUGCCGUCUGCAGAGCCCCAACUAUCCCGGGAUGUAUCCGAGGAACGUCACGUGUUAUUGGAGUUUGCGUCAGAAGGACAUCCCUACAUGCAAGCACGCUAUGAUAUCGGUGCGCCAGGACCACUCGCACAAGAUGCAAAUAAAACGUUCGAUAUCAAUGGCUAGUUUGAACAAGACUGGUCGCGCAGUGCGUGCGUGGCGCGAGUGUACGGGUGAGCGAGAUCGGCUCAUCUUCUAUGACGGCGCCUCCACCGACGACCCCGUGCUGAUUGAAUAUUGUGGAGGCGAUUGGCUGCCACGGAUAACAUCGCGGGGCCCCGAGAUGCUGGUCGCAUUCCACUCUUCGCCGUUCAGCGCCCCGCCGCGGCCGGCCGCCCCUGCCGCUCCCUUGCGUGGCUUCGAACUCGACGUAGAUAUAGUUUUUGCAGAUUCCGAUUCGCUCGACUAUGCUCGAGAAGCGAGACGGUGCGAGUUUCAUGUAAAAGCCUCAUCGUCUGAAGAAGAAACAAACGCAACCAAUGCGGGAGGCCGUGGUCGUCGUGGUCGGCUGCAUGCUCCCACUCAUACGUUGCCACCAAAUACAACAUGCACGUGGACGUUUCACGGCCGUCCAGGGGACCUUGUUUGGAUUUACUUCUCGAGCUUCACACAAUAUUCGCUCGUUGAACAAAAACGGAUCGAGAGUGGCGAGCGCGAUGAGGAGCCGAGCGCGACACCGUCGCCGCGCCCACCGCUACUGGCGUUGGGAGCACGGGUCGCCGGCGCGUGCGCGGUCGAGCUGCGCAUCUGGGAUGGCGGCGGGGACGGCGAGCCGGGCGCCUCGCCGCUGGGCCGCUACUGCGACACGGCGCCGGCUCUGUGCGCGCGCGCCGCCCUAGCCAACGCCACUCGCUCCCCGCGCCCGUGCGCUCCGCCCGACGGCUACGUGUCAGCGGCCCCACUGCUCGCACUGGCCGCCACCUCCCUGCCGGGCACAGCCACCCACCCGUUAACAUUCUCCUUGCAUUAUGAAUUUUUGGAUGCCCGAUUAGAAGGCACGCCUCUCGCGGUCGGCGAGUUGGGUCACAUGAAAGUAGAGCCACCCCAGUGCUCUAGGCGUCUCACGGAGCCCGGUACUUUCGCUUCUCCCCGGAAUGCACUUUGGUUCGGUCGCGGCGGAGCGCGUCGCCUUCGUUGUCUUUAUAGAAUACAAGCGGAUGGCGGCCGUGUGGAACUUAAAUUGAAUGCGGCAUCGUUCGGCCGGUCACCUCGGUGUACCACUCGGAUGGAUUCUUUAACAGGACAACUAGUCUGUACGCCGGAAAUUAUGGAUCCGGGAGAGAUGCGGCCGAGCGAGUCACCUUUGGACAGAGAUGGAGACGACGAAUUCCUUCCCUUACCGUAUCUUCGGAUAUACGAGUCGCCGUGGCCGGGUUACCGCGUGCCAGUGGCGUGCGUGUGUGACAAUGCCAGUACGCCACUCACCUUGACAUCGGGCGGUCCAGCGCUGGAGCUGGAACUGUCGGCCGCGACGCUGCUGGCGGCCGAAGACCAGCGCCACCUGUUCUUUCGGGGCGAGUGGUCGCGCUCGGCAGCCCCGCCCUGCGCCUUCCGCCGCCGACUGCCACCGCCAGGCCGCAGCGUACACCUUACCUAUCCGUACAACGGGAACAAGAUGUCGGAGUGUGGUGAAGCGCCGUUCUUGGUGUCGGCGCGUGGCAACCGUUCAGUGUUCUUGCGUGUUUGGGGCGAGGAGUUGUCGGAAGACGCCGUGGAGCCACAUUGCACCACCACCAAUCGAGUUCUCGUGUACGACGCACACACAGCCCGGUUGCUGAAGGCGGUGUGCCCCGGCGACGAGGAGGGGCGCGCCGUGCAGGUGUUCACGGAGGAGUGGUGGUCGCGCGGAGCAGCGCGGGAGGCGCGGGAGGCGGCGCUGCUGGUGGUGUGGGCGGCGCGGGAGGCGGGCGGCGCGCGCUUCGCCUGGAUGGAGGUGUGGCGCGCGGGGGGGGGGGGGGGGGGCGGGGGCAACGGCAGCGCGUGCGCGCACGCGUGCGAGGCGCUGGGCGCGUGCAUGCCGGGCGCGCUGUGGUGCGACGGGCGCGCCGACUGCCCCGGCGGCGGCGAUGAGCGCGGCGCGUGCGGCGCGGGCGCGCGGCUGCUGGCGGCGCUGGCGGCGCCCGCGGCGGCGCGGCGCGGCGGCGGCGGCGGCCUGCGCGGCGGCGCUGCUGCUGCUGGCCGCGCUGGCGCUGCGCCGCCGCAGGCGGGGCCGCGCGCGCGACAAGCGGCUGCUGGGCGCGCUGGCCGCCGGCCGCCGCCUCACCGACGAGCUGCUGUACGACGCGUCGCGCGCCUCCUCCGCGGCCUCGUCCUGACGCCGCGAGCGCUCCGUCGAGUACAUCCACGUGGACCGCGAGACCACGGUGUGACGGAGCGCUCCGCGAUGGGCCGCGGCGUGUGCUGUGCGAACGCGUCGCGACGAACUCCAAAUGUAGACAAAUAUCUAUUCGAAUCGACCGAACCCGACGGACGGUCGCGGGAAGAAGCCAUGGACCUUAUCGCACCUAAUCAUGUACCUAUG